GCGGCUACAGCUGUUCUUCCUCUGGGUCUGUGUUUAAUUUAAAUAAAAAGCAAAAUGUCUCCGUCGUUGACAGAAAUUCAGGAGGAAUGGGAAUCUCUGGGGCAAGAAUAUCAAAAACUUCAGGAGACACACAGAAAAUAUAUACAGAAACUGGAUGAAAUCUCCAAACUCCAGAGCGACUGCUCGUCGUCCAUCGCCCGUCACAGGAAAAGACUUAAAGAGAUGUCACGCAGAGUAGAUAAGUGCACUAAAGACUCAUCAGCGGAUGAUGGGAAGACUUUGGGUGACAUAAAAGAGAAAGUCAAGACACAAGAACACGCUUUCUCUGAAAUGGACGCUUACCUUCCCAAGAGAAAUGGGCUGUACCUCAGUCUGGUUCUUGGGAAUGUGAAUGUGACUCUUCUCAGCAAGCAGUCAAAAUUUGCCUACAAAGAUGAAUACGAGAAGUUCAAGCUGUACCUCACGGUCAUCCUGCUGCUGUUGUCUUUCAUAUGUUUUUUCUUCGUGAGCUACAGAUUUGUGGACGCAAUCUUCAACUUCCUGCUGGUUUGGUACUACUGCACAUUAACUAUCAGAGAAAGCAUCCUCAUCACAAACGGAUCCAGAAUCAAAGGAUGGUGGGUUUUCCACCACUACAUCUCAGCCUUUUUGUCUGGUGUUAUGCUGACAUGGCCAGACGGCAAACUUUACCAGACAUUCAGGAACCAAUUCCUCGCCUAUUCCUUAUAUCAAAAUUUUGUUCAGUGUCUGCAGUACUAUUAUCAGAGUGGAUGCCUGUACAGGCUUCGAACGCUGGGAGAAAGACACAACAUGGAUCUGACUGUAGAGGGAUUCCAGUCCUGGAUGUGGAAAGGGCUGACGUUCCUCUUGCCCUUCCUGUUUUUUGGUCAUUUCUGGCAGCUCUUCAACAGCCUGUCUCUGUUCAGGAUGGCUCAGCUCCCAGAUUGUAAGGAAUGGCAGGUCCGGAUGUGUGGCGUCUGCUUCCUCGUUCUGUUCACGGGAAAUUUCUUCACUACGCUCGCAGUUGUUCGUCACAAGCUGAAAAGCAGGAAUCAGAAACCUAAGAGCAUGUGAUGGGACAAAAAUAAACGGAAAGAAAACGCUGUCUCACCAAGAAAAAGGCCUCAUCCUGAUCGUGUCUCUGGUCACAUCCUUGUAAUAAAAAAAAAAGAUCUAUAACUAUGGUUAAUGUUAAUCCUGUUCAAUCAAAGCUAAACGUUUAUCUACGGUCCACAUGAAACUCAGAUAUACUUGAAUAGGAACCUACGAGUGUGGGAAAAUGACAAUGAGGGGAGGAAAUUGCUGUCUAAUAAAGGCUUUAGUUUUACCUAAACAUCUUUCUGUGAAUCCUUUCAAAAAAUAUACAUUAUUGCUUUUUCAGCAAGCUCAAAUCUUUCAGAUCAUCAAAUAAACGUUUAUA